AUUCAUACUCUCCACCCCACUACCGCCCUCACAGCUGCACCCAAUGCCCAGCGAUGCACAAGCCCCCGUGAAGCUCUCGUUGCCUCUUGAAUUCCAGCAAGACAUCUUCAAGGAGCUACGCGAAGAGGAUGAGCUCGUCAUCCUUGCGCGCGGCCUCGGCUUGCUGCGCAUAGUCACGAAUCUCCUUCAUUCCUACGAUGCGGCCGGCAAUAACCUCAUCCUGCUUGUGGGCGCAGAUGAGCGCGAGAAUGUAUGGAUCGGCGAGGCGCUCGCUGAGCACGCGGCUGUCAGCCAGGCGCCGAAGUGCAGGGGAUUGAGUUUGGUUAAUACGGACUUGAUGACCGUGGGUACACGCGAGAAGAUGUACGCGCAGGGCGGCCUCUUCAGCAUCACAUCGCGCAUUCUCAUCGUAGACUUCUUGUCAGGGCUGCUGAACCCAGAGACGGUGACCGGCAUGGUAGUCCUGCAUGCCGAAAAGGUGGUCGCAACGUCGCUGGAGGCCUUCAUAUUGAGGAUCUACCGGCAGAAGAACAAGUCGGGCUUUCUGAAGGCUUUCUCAGACACACCGGAGCCGUUUACGAUGGGCUACUCGCCGCUUACGAACAUGAUGAAGAACCUCUUCCUGCAGAAGCCAGCUCUGUACCCGCGCUUCCAUGUCUCGGUCGCCAACUCUCUAGAAGGGCGUAAGAAGGCGGAAGUCAUCGAGCUGGAAGUGCCCAUGACCGACGCCAUGCAGGAUAUACAGAAUGCGGUGCUCGAAUGUGUGGAAGCUAGCAUCAGUGAGCUCAAGAAGGCGAACCCAGGCCUCGAGGUAGAAGACUGGACGCUGGACAGUGCGCUGCAUAAAAACUUUGACCAGAUCAUCAGGCGUCAGCUUGAUCCUGUCUGGCAUCGCACCACGUUCAAGACGCGACAAGUCGUUCGCGAUCUGUCGCUGCUACGCACGAUUUUACAUGCUCUGCUCACCUACGAUGCCGUGAGCUUUAACAAGUAUCUCGAUACUGUCUUAGCGGCUUCACAACCACCGCCAGGUUCUACCAGGCAAAAUCAGUCGCCGUGGCUGUUUCUCGACGCCGCCGACACGAUAUUCAGCACCGCGAAACGGAGGGUAUACACGGGCAAGGUUACUAACGCAGAACUCGCAGGAGACGCCAACAUCGCUCCAGAAGCCCUGGAGCCUGUGCUAGAAGAAUUCCCAAAGUGGACGCAGCUUGCAGAGAUACUUCAGGAGAUCGAGCAAGAUGCGUACUUCAACCCUACGCCACAAGACAGUUCCAACAGCUCUAUCUUGAUCAUGUGCGGCGAUCAUGGUACUUGUUCACAGCUGAGAGAGUAUCUACAGACCAUGUAUAUCAAGCCUGAGGAAAGCACAGGUGAGGACGAGGAUGAAGACGAGCCUUCUGCAAAGCUCAUGAUGAGACGAAAGCUUCGCAACUACCUAUCCUGGAAGCGCGAUUUCAGUAAAGUCAGCUCCACUCUUUUCCAGGAGAACCAGAAAGCCAUCAACGGCAGCACCGACCAGAAGGUUCAAAGUAGCAAGUCCUCAGGCAGACCACCACCUAAUAAGCGGCGGCGCAUCCGGGGAGGCGGUAACGCUGGAAACUCCACACGAAACGACUUCGGCGCUGUGCGCACAGCAGGUGACAAAGAUGCACAUAUUGCAAGCCUCAUGGCCGAACUCCAGCCGACCGAGCUGGAAGCCGCUCAGAAGCCAGGCGAUGUAGGCUUUGAUCCUCUUGACAACAUGGAGAAUUACUAUGAACUGUUCUCGAUGGACUCAACCGUCAUCAUCCACCCCUACUCCGGUGACCUUGACGAGCACAUUCUCGAGGAGACCAAGCCACGCUACGUUAUUAUGUACGAGCCUGACGCUGCGUUCAUUCGGCGCAUCGAAGUCUAUCGCUCCUCUCACACGGAUCGUACGGUCAAAGUGUUCUUCAUGUACUAUGGCGGCAGCGUAGAGGAACAACGCUACCUGUCCGCCGUACGCCGCGAAAAAGAUGCAUUCACACGUCUGAUCAAAGAGCGUGCAAACAUGGCUCUGACUCUGAACACAAACGCCAACCUCGCCCCCGAAGAGAGCUUCCUCCGCACAAUCAACAGCCGCAUCGCAGGCGGCGGCCGACUGACCGCAACCGCCGAGCCCCCCCGCGUCGUCGUCGACGUCCGCGAGUUCCGCUCCUCGCUCCCCUCGCUACUCCACGGCCGCGCCAUGGUCAUUGUCCCCUGCAUGCUAACCGUCGGCGACUACGUCCUGUCGCCCCAGAUCUGCAUUGAGCGCAAGUCCGUCCGCGAUCUCAUCGGCUCCUUCGCCAAUGGCCGCCUGUACAAUCAAGUCGAGUCCAUGACCGAGCACUACAAGCACCCGAUGCUGCUGAUCGAGUUCGACGCCAACAAGUCGUUUACGCUCGAGCCAUUCGCCGACUUUAGCACUGCCAGCAACGCGUCAGGCCUCGCUGCGACCCCGGAUCUGCAGAGCAAGUUGGUCAUGCUGACGAUUGCUUUUCCAAGACUGCGCAUCGUGUGGUCGAGUAGCCCGUAUCAGACGGCGGAGAUCUUUGCCGAGCUGAAGAAGCAGCAGGACGAGCCGGAUCCGAUGAAGGCGGUUUCGCUGGGACUGGAUCCGAGUAUGGGUGGCGACGAGAUGCGUUCGUUCAAUCAGACGACGCAGGAUAUGCUCAGGACGCUGCCGGGUGUGAAUGAGAGCAUUGUCACGACGCUGAUGCUGAGGGUGGAGAAUCUGGAGGAGCUGGCGAAUAUGCUGGAGAGGGAGAUCUGCUGGCUGAUUGGAACAGAUGUGGGACGGAGGGUGUAUCGGUUCUUCAAUCGGAGCGUGUAUGAGGACGUGCAGGUGCCGACGUUCAGCUAGCGUCAGUAACGAGUAAUACGAGGAUAAUAAGUGCAUGU